CAACAUUGUUAUUAUUGUGAUUAUUAAAAUAAAAAACUGACAAGUGUUGUUCCAUUAUAAUAUAUAAAUACUUCCAUUAAACGUUCUAUCUAAUACAUAUUCGUGCGCGAUUGUAAAUAUCGUAACAUAACCAAUCUAUUCAAAAGACAAAAUGAACACAUCGCAAUAGAGAAAAUAACUGGAUAUGUAAUAUACGCGAUAAACAGAAUUAGCUCGUAAUGACGUCGUAUAAAAGUGGCAAAGGAAUAAUUGCAACCCAUUUUAAUCAGAUACACGUUCCAGUUUCUACUUCUACUAUUGCAACAUAUGAUAAAGUUGACAGAGAACUCUACGCCAAUGGAUGAAUUCGUUCCUAUGUAUUCUUAGUAUACAUACUAUGGGCGAUUUGGUGUUGCACGGCGUACUAUGUUCAUGUAUGUACCCAGGAAGAGAAUUCCCCCGGGAUGAGACUCGGGGAAGAGGGUCGAGUACCGAGGACUGCUCAUCGUGGCCCUUUCGUGAGAACAAGUGCGAAACAAGUGUCGCACAGGUUCCUAGCACCUAUCUAAGGAAAGAAAACAAGAAAUUUCCUUCCACCAAUCUUCAUUGGAAUUCGCAACAAUCUGCAACAAUGUUGAAUGAAAAAUUUAACUUAAUUUUCACAUUCCUCGUCCAAACGACGCCCUGAGCAUCAGCGAUAUCAUCGAAAAGACGUGGAGCAAAUCGCUCAUCGCAGCGAAAGAGAGCCGCGGAAAAGGAAUCGGGCGGAUAAACACAAACGGAAGAUGGAGAAGCGUUGCUCCUGUGCCGUGCGUCCAGCGGAAACGGCCUGCUCCGGAAUCGAUCGUAAAAUCGGGAGCAGGGGGGGGAGGGUCGGCAUCAUCGAAUGAUAGCGUUCAUUCGAGCUGAUGGCUGUUAGGGAGAGGUCGCCCGACGAAACGGGGGUGGCGCGCGGACGCGGGGAUGGGCGCAGGGGGCGGCGACUGUUCUCUCACCCGGGCCGGGGGGUGGCACCCGGGCUCGACGAAUCAGCGGCCAGAGAACGGGGGACGGUGGCCAAACCCGUUUCACCGUAACCAACUGUGGACCACACCCCCCCGGCGUGCAACCCUCUCCGCCGGUUAUUGAAUUAAGCUUAUCAUUUGAUUUUGAGGAGACCCACCAGUCGGUCGUCUCGGGCUCUCUUAAGCGGGCCGAAAAACUUCUUUCUAUCCGCGGCUAUAAUCGCAAUAAUUUGAUAUCGCUGAUCCGAUUACGCGUCAUAAGCCAGCUAUCGAGCAACCAGCUACCGCCCGCGUCUCCCUUAGCUCUCUUAUCCACGACCCACGAAGGAGAAUUACGUGACGACGCCGUUUAUUACUCACCCUGCCCUGCGAUUGUCCGAGAUUUCGUGGGAGGAAAACGGAAACUGGGGCCGGAAGGAAGAGCCGUUUAGGCGGCUAAGGCCCGGCCGGGGGGGCCCUUAGCUUUUCCUUCUUUCUCGUGAUUUUAACCUCGUUGCGAAUUUACGUAUAUGUACACAUAUAUUCAGAUUCAACAUGUUCCAGUGAAUGAAGAGUCUGUUAGUUCACGUUUUCACGAAAACUCUGGGAAAAGAUUCGGUCUCGAAUCUCUGGAGGAGGAAUCAAGAACGAGAGAUAAAAAGUUUCGAUGAACUGUCCGGGUGAAGCGUAUUGUGCCCUACGAAGUGCCCUUCAGUUGAUCCGCCUCUGAUCUGUUUUUCAUCUGUUUCACUUGUUCAUCGAUACUCGGUUCAUCUUCGAAGAAGCAUGGAUUAUUCGUACUUGAACCAGGCGGCUGCCGCGGCGGCGGCCGGUUUCGAGGCGUCCAGCUGUGCUCUGGCCGCAAGUGAGAUGCAAUGUGGAUACGGUGACUUGAGCUCGUGCUCGCAGAUGAGCCAGGCCGCCUAUCGGUACACGGCUGCGAGGGCCGCUGGUUAUCCGGCCAACGCGGGAACCACGAGCGCUGGGAGCGCCACGCCGCUGGGGGCCCAUCACACCACCCACUCUCAUGCCCACGCGCACCACGGGGCCCACACAACCCCCUGCUCCGUAAUGGCCGCCAGAUCUCAAGAGGUACACCGGCACGCAGCCUCCAUCUUCCCCUCGGCCAUUAAUUUGCAGAGUGGGUUAGGAUACAAGGCCUAUUCAGGGCACGAUGGUCUGGCGGAGAAGAGGAAACAACGCCGGAUACGAACAACUUUUACAUCGGCUCAGCUUAAGGAAUUGGAGCGUGCCUUCCAGGAGACUCAUUAUCCAGAUAUCUACACCAGAGAAGAAAUCGCUAUGAAGAUAGAUCUAACGGAAGCUAGGGUUCAGGUGUGGUUUCAAAAUCGGCGCGCGAAAUUCCGGAAGCAGGAGAGGCUGGCCCAGCAGAAGUCGACGUCUCAGAGCGGGAUAGGCGUGGACAGCGGGGCCUCGAGCCCCGUGGGGGGCAGCGUGAAGGCGGAGGGCCGUUCCCCGAGAAGCCCGGCGACGCCGCCUUCGAACGCGAGCAACACGGUGAUGUCGGCGAACGAGGUGAAACCGAUCCCUAACCCGAGCCUGGUGAGCGUGAAGCAGCACGCCGUGAGCGACGCGCCCGCGGCGGAGGGAAACUCGCCGAACGCGCAGCGGGGGAGCAACGGGGGCGGCGGGGCAUGGGGCUCGUGUAGCCCGAGGCCCUUCUCGGCGGCGCUGCCCCCGUAUCUGUUGGACCCGUUGCCCUUGAAAACUGCGAAUCUCUACUAAUCGUCCGCAACGAGACACCCACCCACUCCAUCCCGAAAGCGAGAUAAUAUGUAAAUAUAUUAUAGGGGAAUGCGUGACAACCGUUAUUGGAAUGGAAAUUGUUGCGAAUUGUUGCUGUUCAGGCUCUCUCGUUCCGUCGCGAGGUCGUUUUUUUCGGACAUCCCGUUGUUAUUGUAUAUUGGUUCUUUUCGACUGGAAUUCUUUGUUUCUUUCUUCUUUUUCUUUUUUCUUUUUCUUAGAUAUCUGGUAAGAUUUAUGUAUUAAGUAAUACAUAAUACUUUCCUUUGUCCCCUUCUCUUUAUCUUUUCAUUUAUUUUUAUCCUAUUUCUUUAUCUUUUACACUGUUUUAUUCACACUCUUGCUCAAAUUUAGGCCUAAAUUGGGUAAGUUUCAUUUUUAUUCUUCUUUUUCUUCUUCUUUGUGGAGGUAAAAAAGGAAAGUGUGUUUUUUAUGUAACAUUUUAAUGGUCAGGUUAUCCUAUUAUUAUAUAUUGGUUCUUUUCAACUGCAAUUCUUUGUUUCUUUCUUCUUUCUCUUUUCUUAGAUAUCUGGUAACAUGUUCAAGUAAUACGUAUACUUUCUUCCUUUUUAUGUUUUUAUUUAUUUUUGUCCUAUUUUUGUAUCUUUUACACCGUUUCAUUCAUACUCUUGCUCAAAUUUAGGCCUAAAUUGGGUAAGUUUCAUUUUUAUUCUUCCUUUUCUUCUUUUUCUUUCUUCUUUUCGAAGGUAGAAAAUUAUUAUUAUAUGUAAAUAAUACGGAUAAUAAUAAUAAUAAUAAUACUUUUUGUGAAAAAACGACCUCGAUGGAAGACGAUACUUUUAUUCGACGAUUCGAAAAAGAUUCUCGCUGGAAAAACUGAUAAGUGAUACCGAUAUCUACGUACCGUCCUAUAUUUCUCAUUGAUUAGUCGGUGAACGGAGUAAUAUUUGCCAUGCCAUGAUGUAUUAAAUCGAAGGCGUUAAAUGAAUGAAUAAAUAAAAAGAAGUAAAUAAAAAAACUUGUCCAGAAGAGAAGUUUCUCGAGGGAGAAUCGAUCGAUAUUUUUCGAGAGAGAAAGAGAGAAAAAUUUGGUGCGAAUCUGGCUUUGGCCAGUCUCCUCGUUAAAAAGUUACGUAACAAAAGAGAUAUUGUUUCGAAACGAACGUCUCGAGAGCGAAUAAAGAGAGGAAGAAGCACUGAACAGCGUUUUUUUCCGAUACAACAACAACAACAACAACAACAACAAUUUGUCAAAAUUAAACGACACUUUAACGGAGGAUAUCGAUGUGGCCGGCACCGUGUGUACAGUUGUUGCUAUAAAUAUAGAAAAAAAAUUAGUGUUUUACACCUAAAUAAACUCAUACUUACUUAUCCAUCGAACGAGGGAACAAGGAUUCUUUUUUCCUUCAAAGAAAAAAGAAAGAAAAAAAAACAGUGACAGAUGAGAGAAGAGGA